AUGGCGAGUAUGGUCACCGAGAACGGGUGUGGAGUGGCAGCGGAGACCGCACAGCCGCAGGGUCCGGGUCGGGGCGCGGUCAGAUGGGGCUCACAGCACGCCGGUGCCCGAGAACUGGCUAGCCUGUACUCGCCAGGCAAACGAUGUCAAGAAUGGAUCAGCGUCAUCUUCUGCUUUUCUCUCAUGGCCUUCAACUUAAUUCACCUUCUUGCCAAUUUCCAUCUGGGACAUGUGUGGUACAUACAGCUGGGCAUCGUGGCAGGAAUACUCACCGCUGACUUCGCGUCGGGACUCGUACACUGGGGGGCCGACACAUGGGGAUCAGUGGAUCUACCCAUCUUUGGAAAGGCGUUUAUUCGGCCGUUCAGAGAGCACCACAUCGACCCCACAGCCAUCACCCGUCACGACUUCAUCGAGACAAACGGUGACAACUGCAUGCUGACCAUCGUCCCUCUCGCAAACAUGGCCUUCAACUUUCUCACGCUGUCCCCCGCGGAGAUUUACCACAUCUACCCGUGGUACUGCUACUUGUACGCGCUGGCCAUCUUUGUGACGCUCACCAACCAGAUCCACAAGUGGUCGCACACGUACUUCGGCCUUCCUCGCUGGGUGGUGCUCCUGCAGGACUGCCACGUCAUCCUUCCUCGCAAGCACCACCGCAUCCACCACGUCUCCCCUCAUGAGACGUAUUUCUGCAUCACCACAGGUUGGUUAAACUAUCCUCUCGAGAGGCUCGGUUUCUGGAGAGCCUUGGAGGAUCUCAUCCAGGGCGUGACGGGAGAGAAACCCAGAGCGGACGACUUAAAAUGGGCUAAGAAAGUGAAAUAACUCUGAAGGCUAACUGCAUCCUACCUCAGCAACCUCUGGCUCUGCCCAGGCUUCUCGUCGUGUUUUCUCGCCUCACUUAAAAACUGCAGUUCACAGGAUGAACGGCUAACAGUUUCUGAUGCCAUAGCUUUAAGUCUUGCACAUUUUUUCUUUUCCUUUCACCAAGCGAGGGCUCCGUUUCUGGGAUUUUAUUUUAUAGCUUUUCUACACGGAUACAUUAUCUAAACUGCAAUAUGUUAUAAGCUUUUUAUUUCUAACACAGGUCAUCAUUUUUUAUAGGUUUUUGCAAAUAAUGUAUCACUUUCCGAAGGAGGUGAGACUAUUACUCUGACCUGAACCAGCGCUGUGGAGAAUGAUCACACGCCCGAUCAGGAGAGCUUGAAUCCACAUUUUUACUCGUCACCGCUUUAUUUUCUGUUGAACGAAGAAGCUCUAAAGAAUCGAAUUUGAUCUGAACGUCCUAGAAUCAGUCAGUUAUGUAGGAUUUCUCUAGAGGCGUUACCAUUGUUGAUAGCUUGUGAUCAAGUAACUGUUACAUUUGCUAUCUACUUGCACAUUUGGGUUUGGCUCUGCACACUUUUUGAUAGUUUUAUAGGAUAAGUGGAAACAAAGUGAGGCAGAAAUGUGUUUUUUGUUUGUCAAGAAUUAUGAAAUUUAUAUCUUUCUUUCUAUAGCACAGCCAUAUUUAUUAGUAGUUUAAUAAAUGGAUGAAUCUGUUUCAGCAGGAGAAAAAGUGAGCUACUAAGUAAUCUAAAUAAGUCUGAAACUGACAGCUGCUCUCUCACUUCCUUAUCGAUAGCUUUGCCUGUUAAAGUUACUUUAUAAACCCAGCUUUAAUAGUCGCAGUUACAUUAUCAACGUCCUUACUGGAUUACUUCAAAUCUAAGGACUGUGGGAUUUGUUUUGCUUCAUUUUUUCCACUUUCAAGCUGAACCACAGCAAAAUGCCUCUGGCCGAGGAAGGGGACAUCAGAAAUAUUACACACAGACUUCAAUCUGUAGAAAUAAAGAUUCAUGCUCUGGAGAGGAAUACCAAGAACGACCCUGGUUCAGCUCAACAAAUAACUCAAAACAAUGACCAGUUCAGUGUUGCACAAAGACUUCAGUCAGUAGAAAUGAAGAUUCAGCGGCUGGAAUGGAAAUGAAGCAACUCUUCCUCAAAACAAACGGAGAGUUUGCGUAAACCUCACCCACGAACUGAAAAAAUAAAUUCUCACAUUUUGAAUCCGACGAGACUAAUAAUCGGCGUGAUCAGCUUUGAGCUGAAAUAUUCCCCAUCAUCAACACUUUAACACUGACUACACCAAAGAAAACUAAACCUCACCUUCAAAUGCCAACAAGAGGCAGGACAAACGCAUCCAGCCCCCAAAGUGAACACCAAGAAAACUAAAUGAAUGACAAAACUGCUUAUUGUCGGAGAUGAUCAAUAAACAGAUUUGGUCAUUUUUCCAAUGAUAAGAGAAUGAAAGUACUCGUUCCCCAAAGACAUUGUCUGAUAUAACGUAGAAAAUACUCUAACCACGAAUGAUCUGGACAAACAAAAGUCUUUACCGUUCUUCUGAACGCUGUUGGGGAAACUAAAACUGCCGGCUUGGCGACCUUCAUUCACAACCACAGGAUAUUCUGAGACCGUUGUCAUCUCUUCGGACGAGGCGGACGAUGUCUUAAUAACUACGGAACAAAGCUACUCACUGCAAACCUCUUUCAUUUUAUCAACAACGUGAUCACCGCUUCAGAAGAACCGACUCAAGGACGUUUGAUUAGGAUGCAGCUGGAGACAGAACGAUGCCUCCAUUAACAUCCCAACACACCUGUGAAGAAAUGUCUUCUCCUGGACCUGAGAUUAUUAAAUUCACGGAUACAUGAACAACCAAGUUCUCAAAAUACGACAUUUCUUAGUGCUCACAAAGCACACUUCACUUCAUCAAAAGUAAACCUUUGAUUCUCCAGAGACAAUACUAACUUUUACUGGACGAUAAAUUGUCCCAGAAGUUAUUGCGAUAAACGAUAAUAUUGUUGGUUUGAGACCAUUUUGAAGUAAUAUAAUGGUAAUGCAAGAAUACAUCCUCAAAGAUCAAUACGCUUUAAAUUCUAUUGAACAUUUAACACUGGAGCUCGAGGACAUUUUGAAUAUCCAAAAUAAGAAACGUCAAAUAAAAUAAAUCAUAAAGUCUCCGUAAACAAAACUGUCCUUCAAAAAACAGGCUAGUUGAGACAAAAACACCAGACUGGAGUCUUUUAUCAUCCAGUUUUCAGUACAGACAAAAGAAAAACGAGCUUGUUUUAAUUUAUCAUACGAUUAAUUGAUUUAUCGCUUACUGCGGCAGGCCUACUCAGAGCAGCUGUCAUCAUUUUGUGAGAUCGGCUUCCAGACGGUCGCUUUACACCCGUCCUCCUCCAGAACCGGCAGUACGAACCGGGCAGUACUGUCCGGAUCACCAGAAGAAAAAAAAAAAAAAAAAACUGAAAUACUAACAUCAAACCUCAUGAACUUUCUGCCACCAAGUCACUUAAACAGGUUCUGCUAAAUAUAAGACAAUUAAAAGGACUAUUAGUUACUGACUUCAUCACUGAGCAUUAUGUUGAUUUCUACUAAGAUAGUUGCACCAGAAACUAGACCAAAAAUACUUGGUAAGAUUUUGUGUUUUUGCAGUGCAGUUUAAAGGAUGUUUUGUGCUUCUUGUAAAUCCGUAAGAUGUAGGGUAACUACUAUUGAUUAUUGAUAUAAAAGGCUUAAAGAGACGCAUUCAUUGGUAGUAAAGACUCGGAUGACGUAGAACUUUGAACUGAGGAUUUGUGGUGAGCUGAACGGGAACCCAAACCACUUUCUCUCUUGGCUUUAGGUGCUUUUGUUAUCGAUUUGUUGUGCAUAAAUGUUCUCUCCAAGUGCUCUCAGGAUUGUAGUUGGAGCCAUUUAAAUACAUUAGUGGGAUUUUCUUGUGUGGGGUGAAAUAACCACUCCAUUAGAAGAGUUAAGGAUAUCAUUUGAAAUAUUAAAACUAAUUGAUCUUUGAGUUGAGACGGAUUUUGUUGGGUAAAGCAGGCAGUAAGUAGACUGACACAUUCCUGGUUGUUUUGUGGCCGUGAAUCAAUACAAAUAUCUCCUGUCUGUCUGUUUUUCUGUUUUGUAAGACUGAACGAUCAGAAAUGUAUUUACACACCAUAUAAAGAUAAAAUCUUGAUUUCUGGAAGUUAAUGAGCUUCUCAUAAUGACUCCUAGGUUUUUUAAAUUAGUUGCCUUAUGCUUCCCUUAAGGAUUUACAGUAAAUGUUGCCGCCGUUAUUGGAGAAAACGUUCUGAGUGACUUUAUUUUGCCUGUCAUGACUCACUUCCUCUCUGAGGUGGGACCCACAUGGAUGUCGGUGUUGGUCGGAUGCCCUUGGAGAUGAAGCUUAGAUAUCAGAAUAAUGCCUUGAUGCCUUUUUGUUGUCUUCCUUAUGGGAGGCUUAUGAUGUACAUAUUAACCUGUAUUUAUAAAUAAACUAACAAACACCAA